AUGGCAGAUGUUAUUCACAAGAAGGAUAAGGGAAGCAGUAUAAUGGUCGUCGUUUCACCUUUGAGAUCCCUUAGGGAAGACCAAGUACGCGCCUUAAAGAAGCUGAAUAUUCCAGCAGUAUGUGUUACGGAUACACAUGAUGAUUGCCUCAUUCAAAAAAUUAUUAAUGGAGAGUUCACUCACAUAUAUGGUUCACCUGAGUGUUUCUUAUCUUCAACAUGGAGAGGUAUUUUAUCAACAAGGAGAUUUAAAGAUUCCCUGGUUUGUGUUGCUGUGGACGAAGCGCACUGUAUCAGCCAAUGGUAGGCAAAUUCUUAAAUUUAUUUAUUUUAUACAUCUAAAGUUAUUCAAUAAAUCAAUCAAUUCUGCCAUUGCUUUCAAUAUAUAUUUUGUUCCAUGUAAUUAUUGCAACAGCUUGAUUUGUAUCAUGGCUAUUACCAUAUACUGAUUUCACCUGUGCACAUAUAUCAGUGUAUGUGAUGCAUCCUAUAAAUAUGCCUGAUUUAUCUUUUAUACUGUAUCCACAUUAACCCAUUGAGUCACAUUGCGCCCUGAUGCACCAUACUUUAGUAUUUUACUCUGUCUAAUGCCAGAGUAUUUUACUCUGUCUAACGCCAGAUGAUUUUACUCGCCAAGGGGAGAGUGCUGGUGCUUAAUGGGUUAACUGGCCUAGCUAUCUGCCCAUGUGUUUAGUUAACCCAUUGAGUUGCAUUGCACUCUGAUGCACCCUACUUUAGUAUUUUACACUGUCUAACGCCAGACGAUUUUACUCGUCAAGGGGAGAGCACUGGUGCUUAAUGGGUUAAAUAAUAAAAUUGUUGGUAUAUUAUGCUGAUAUUAUGUUUUUGUAUUAGGGGAUUGCCUGGUGCUGGAAACAAGAAAGUUCUAUUCAGGCAGUGGUAUGGUAACCUUUGUGAAAUGAGAUCUCUUAUUUCUGAUCAUGUGCAUCAAAUUGUUGUGAUAGCAACUGCCACAAAGCAGACGCGACAUGCCAUAUUUGACGUCUUGAAAUUGAGCAAACAGUGUGUUAUUGUUACAGAAAGCCCAAACAGGUCUAAUAUUUUCUACUGCUUUCAGUAUUUCAAUAAACGUUUACCUUUGGAUCUUCUCUUUGAUGAUAUUAUUAAAGAAAUCCAAAUCAAUGAUGUCACUGCUAAAAGGGUUAUCAUCUAUUGUCAGACAAGGAAGCAGUGUGGGAUUUUGUACAAAAUGUUUGAAGUUUCCCUUGGCAGCAAAUUUUACAAAGGAUCAUCUCCCAAGCCUAAUAGACAUCUUGUUGAGAUGUAUCAUGACGGUACCCCAAGUUCCGUUAAAAAACACAUUUCCAAGAAUUUGUCAAAACCUGAUGGACACAUUAGAGUUUUAAUUGCUACAAUAGCUUUUGGAAUGGGAGUUAAUUGCAAGAAUGUACAAUCUAUCAUACACUUUGGUCCAUCUAAAAGUAUCGAGUGUUAUGUUCAGGAGAGUGGCCGUGCUGGCAGGGAUGGUAGCCGGAGCAAUAGUAUUGUGCUUUACCAUGGAAUGUUGCUAUCCCACUGUAGCCAAGAAAUGAAGGAAUUGGUUUUAGAUGAAUGCAGGAGGAAAGUUUUGAUGAAGGCAUUUGGAUACGACUGCCAAGAAUUACAACCAAAACAUAAUUGUUGUGACAACUGUGUGAAAGUCUGCCAGUGUUUGGAGUGUCCUUCUCAUGUAGGAUUUCAGGUACCAGGUGAUGAAGAUUCAUGUUCAAGGCAUACUGGUAAGAUUAGAUCAGUAACAGAUGCUGACAGAUUGGCAUUGAAAGAUCAAUUAAAACAAUAUCAUGAUGCAAUUCUCAAGGAACAUGCAAGAGUUAUGUCAAAUACUGUUUCCAUCCCAUCUGCUAUAAUUGAGUUUGGCAGCUUACAAAUGAAACAAAUCCUUGAGACAUGCAAUAAAAUUUUUUCUCUUGGUGAUGUGACAAGUCAUGUAGAUGUGUGGAGAAAAUGCCAAGCAAUUGGUAUUCUAAAGGUUAUAAACAAUGUAUUUGGUGAUAUUGGCGAUAUUGACGAAGUUAGUCAAUUAGAACACAUCGAAAUGGAUGAGGAUUGUCCUAGUAUCUGGAACGAGACAGUAGAAGAAUCUUCAUUCUUGUCAUUUGGUGAUUCGCAAGAUUUUGAGGUAAUGGAGUCUGAAUGUACACUUGAAUCAGAGGAAACUGCACAUAAUUCUAGCAGUUUCCUUUUUAAUUUAACAAAUGCAAUCAAGUAA